UCCUUCUUUUCUUCUUCCCCACCACCAUUUCUGCAGAGGUAAAUAAAAGAGCUCCCAGAGUUCUUUCUUCUUGGGGGAGAUCUAAAGAAGAAACAAGAUCUUAUCCUUUUCCUCUAGAUCUUCAGAAAGCAGGAACCUUUGCAAGAAACGAGAGACAGAGUUUGGUGGAGAGGAAGAGGCAAUGGCGGCUAGGUAUUGGUGUCAUAUGUGUUCACAAAUGGUGAAUCCUCCUGUCAUUGAAGCCGAGAUCAAAUGCCCCUUUUGCCAGAGCGGGUUCGUGGAGGAAAUGAGCGGUGAGCUUAACGAUGGCAGCAGCGGCAGCAGCAUUAGAGAGGUUCAAGACUCAGAGAUCGAUUUCGGUACAGACCGUGCAUUAUCUCAAUGGGGUCCAAUCUUGCUUGGGAUGAUGAGCAAUCCUCGUAGACGUAGAAGGUUUAGGAGGACAGAGCUUGGCUUAGAUAAUGAUGCCGUCAAUAUUACUGCAGCUGCUGAUGUUGAUGGAAAUGACAGCAUUGUCGAUAGCCAUCAUCAUCAUCAUCAUAACCGUCGUCGUCAUCGCCACAUGCAACAUGAUGGAGAGGCUGAUCUAGACAGGGAGUUUGAUUCUAUCAUCAGAAGGAGACGGAGAAGCUCAGCUGCUAUAUUGCAGUUGCUCCAGGGCAUUCGUGAAGGGAUUAACACCGAGGAUGAGAGCUCGGAGAGGAACCAGUUUAAUACGGCUUUUAAUUUUAUCCGGAACAAUACUUCUCCUUCUGGAACUGGAGAUAACUUUGUCGGAACCGGGUUAGCUCACUUGCUUGAACAUCUAGCUGAUAACGAUCCAACCAGGCACGGAUCUCUUCCAGCACGUAAGGAAGCAGUGGAGAGUCUUCCAACGGUUAAGAUAUGCGAGACAUUGCAAUGCUCAGUUUGUUUGGAUGAGUUUGAGAAAGGAAGUGAAGCUAAAGAGAUGCCGUGUAAGCACAAGUUCCAUGUCGGGUGUAUAGUACCGUGGCUUGAGCUUCACAGUUCGUGUCCCGUGUGCAGAUAUGAACUACCUCCUGAUGAUGAGGUAAAGGCUGAUCUGUUAAGACCGAGAACAAGAAGUGUAGAGAUCAACAGAAGUGAUGUGGAAGAGGAUGCAAGGAACACUAGUGGGAACGAGAGAAGGUUCUCAUUUGGGUGGCGGUUCAGCGGAUUGUUCUCUUCCUCGGCUUCUUCUUCAUCCGGUUCAGCAGCCUCAGGGUCGUCUCAGCUCAAUGAGAACUCUAAUUCAGGAUAAAGGAGGAAAAAUUAGAAAAAGAACAAUCUCUGGUUCCCUUUCUUUUGGUCACAACUCAUCAGAGCUUUGAAGUACAUAAAAAUAUUGUGAUCACACAGAUUGUUGAAGAUCUAUAAACACUUUUGAGUUUUGAAGAAUGGAAUAUUUUCUCUCUUUGUGUUA